CUGGGAAAUGUUCUAGAUAGCCUGGAUGACCUUCCGCGGCCCAUCUCUACCGAUUAUGGAACAUUAACGUGGCUUGGUGGAGAAACCCGAUAGUCCACGGACAUUGAACCGCAUUCCCGAAAUGAAAGCCAACGUCACAACUCGCGCGAGAGGCUCCGUUGGCUCUGCGCGCGAGAAGAUCGGCCAGGCCUGUCUGUUCCACCCUGGUUCAAAUUGGACUUGAUGCGAAGGAUGAAUGGAUACUGUGAGCAAGUUUUUUCGGCCGUUGGAUGGAAGCCCAAACUGGGUCUAUGUGUGACCCUUUUGACUUACACGGUUGCUCACCUCUUCCGAAGGGAGAAAACAAAAUUUACAAAGCUUGUUGAAAAGGUAGAAAUUGACACCAGUGUUGUUUGCUCCUUCGAAGAGGCAGCAUGGAUACGCAAAGGCGUCAUUAAUACCGAGAGAGAGAGAGCGAACACAUCAAAUUUUCGGGGAAGCUACAGUGGGUAUGCGCUGAGUCGAUUUUGUACCUCCUCGGCAUUGUGGCCCCAGAAUAAACUGGAGCCAGAAAGUCGGCACUAUUUUUGUUCGAUUGAGUUGACGCGAUCGAUCACCACCAGGAUACUGGUAGAAAGAGAGCAGGCAUUAUCCUAAACAAAUUUAUAAGUGAAAAAAAGAAAUUUGGAGAAAAAGAAUUAAACGAACAAAAAAGAAACAUGGAAAAUAAAAAAAAAAUAAAAAUAAAAAUGAAAAAAGCAAAAAAUUCAACACCCUAAAGGAAAAAAGAAAGAAAAAAAAGAAAAAAGAAAAGAGAAAA